AUGGAGGGCCCUCAGGCAGCCGGUGCUCCCCUUGGCGGUACUAGAAAGGCCGCCGAGUCCGCAAAUGUUACCAAGAGGCUCCAGACCGAGUUGAUGCAGCUCAUGACCUCGCCCGCACCCGGCAUUUCCGCCUUUCCUUCAGCCGACGGCGACCUGACCAAGUGGCACGCGACGAUCAACGGCGUCGACGACACGCCCUACGCCGGGCUGAUCUUCAAGCUGACCUUCAACUUCCCCUCCGACUACCCCUACAAGCCGCCUGAGGUGCUGUUCCGCACUCCCAUUUAUCACCCGAACGUCGACUUCUCCGGCCGGAUCUGUCUGGACAUCCUCAAAUCUAAGUGGUCUGCGGCCUACAACAUCCGGACUGUGCUGUUGAGCCUGCAGAGCCUGCUGGGAGAGCCGAAUAAUGACUCGCCGCUGAAUGCUGAGGCUGCCGAGCUCUGGGACAAGGACCCUGAGGAGUUCAAGCGCAAGGUGUUGGCCCGUCACAAGGAUCUUGACGACGAGUGA